GUACCUGAUGGACGGAGCGGAGUCCAGCUCGGAGGGGAGCGACGAAGAGGAGGAUGAGGAGAGGGAGGAGGAAAAAGAGAGGAGGACUCCACAAAAGAGUAGGGAAGAAGAACGGCAACCCACUCCCAGAAAGGCCCCCAUCAAGGAAGAGGAGGAUGAUCUGUAUGGUGGCUCCACAGACGCAGAUGAACCAGAAGAUGAGUCUGGCAUGGACACAGAGGAUGAGCUGAAAAGGGUGGAGAGCGCGAGUCGGCAGAAGAAAGGAGAGAAGGAGAGAAGGGAAGUGAAGGAGGAGGACCCUUUCGGGGGAUCGACGGACGAGAACACAGAUGCUGAGGCCGAGGAGGACAAGCCCAUCCCUGAGCUACCAGAUUUCCUAACUGGAAAGCGAUUCUUCCUCUACGGCAAGUUCCCCAACAAUGACAGACGCCUACUCCUGCGGUACAUCAUGGCCUUCAAUGGGGCGGUGGAGGACUACAUGAGUGAGAAGGUCCAGUUUGUCGUCACUAGCGAAGGAUGGCACGACUCCUUUGAAGACGCGCUGAUGGAGAAUGGUAAUUUAAGCUUUGUCAAACCCACAUGGAUUUUUGCCAUCAACGAUCGGCAGAAGAUGCUGCCAUAUCAGCCCUACACUGUUGUCCCUUGAGACUUGCAUUUGCCAACGUGCACACACACACACACACACACAACGGUAUUGUACCUGUCCAAAGGGUAGGAGAGGUGUACGUUGACGCCAUAGACACUAGCUCUUUUCAGAUCCCUAAGUAAAUGAAACCAAGCCCAUGACAUUUUGCGACAAAUGCCUUAACCUUACCUGAGGCCAUCCAGAGAGCUGGAUGAAAUGGUUAACCUACCAGAGAUAGACUUAUCAUUACCGGUGCACAAAAAUAACUUGCCUAUCUGUCUCUCUUUCAGGGCUUUUUAAAACUCACUUCACACUGUCUGUCAUAUUGCUCACCUCCACUACCUCAGGGUCUAUGUGGAAACUCCAGUUAUCACUCAUGUCCUGAAAAGCCACUGGCUUUGAUAGAGGGGAGUGUAUUAGUGUUAGGAGCAACAUAAAGAGACCUACGUGUAGCCGGAAUGGCACCCUAUUCCCUAUAAAGUGCCCCAUGGGCCCUGGUCAAAGGUAGUGCACUACAUAGGGAAUAGGGUGCCGUUGACAGAUGUAAAGGUGUUUGUUAGUUAUUUAAGGUCACUGACACUCAAGGCCAAGGGCAACAAAAUAUGAAUCGAAAAUAAGCCCUUUGUCCUUGUUGCUAGGUAGAAAUAUGAAAUGGACUUCAAGGAUUGGUUGGUAUUCCUCAUCUAACUCUUAUUUUUCAACAAGUCCACUUUGACCAAAUACAUGGGAUUGUAGUGUAAUUUGUAGCAUGUUAUGCUGUAGAAUUACGUGUACUUUUG